AAAGAGAAAAUAUGGGUCUUGGAGCAACUUUGGAGUAUAUUUCUAAUAUGAUGAAAAUUAGUCAUACAUCCAAUAAUAAGAGGAGGCAAUUUCAUACCGUAGAGCUCAAAGUUAGAAUGGAUUGUGAUGGCUGUGAGCUUAAAGUCAAGAAAACUUUGUCUUCAUUAAGUGGUGUAAAAUCAGUGGAGAUAAACAGGAAACAACAAAAGGUGACAGUAACAGGAUAUGUGGAAGCAAACAAAGUGUUAAAGAAGGCAAAAUCAACAGGGAAAAAGGCUGAGAUUUGGCCUUAUGUGCCUUACAAUUUAGUGGCUCAACCCUAUGCUGUUGCUUCUUAUGACAAGAAGGCUCCUCCUGGCUAUGUUAGAAGGGUCGAUCAUAACAUGACAACAACAGAAACAAUUUCAAGAUUUGAGGAUCCUGCUUAUUUUACCAUGUUUAGUGAUGACAAUUCUAAUGCUUGCUCCAUCAUGUAAUUAGUUAAA